AGUCUUCCUUCACUCCCUCUCAGUUUCAUCCAACACCUGAACCGAUUCCCAUAUUUCCUGAUAUCUUGCGCUCCCAACACUCCAACAUCACGGAAAGCAGCUCAAGGAGCUGGCAGCCAGUAACAGAGUCAUACUACCGCAAACCGCAGAGGAGCCCGAGGCUGAAGGAGGGACAGCAGCUUCAGGUGACCGAACGGAAUGGAGACGCGCGGAGUGCGUGAUUAGGAAGCGUCGCCUCUGGGAGUUCUGGUUCCACGGAUUAUAAAAGUGAAGAACCCGCAGCGCUGACUGGGUCUGCCUUUGGUCGUUUCACUCAACGGAUUUCUUUCCGUUCCUCCUCAAACACCAUGAAUGUUUCGCCCACAGAGCGGAGGAAAGACAUGCGGCAGCUGGCUUUGGAGAUCGGGAUCCGAGUUCUGCUCUUCGGAGUUUUUGUGUUUACGGAGUUCUUGGAGCCGUUUGAGAGAGUCAUCCAACCGGAGGAGCUCUGGCUCUACAGGAAUCCUCUGGUUGAGUCGGACCACAUUCCUAAAAGGGUUAUGUUUGCCAUUUCCUUCCUUACUCCUCUGGCAGUGAUAUUCGUGGUGAAGAUAAUUCAGAGAACGGACAAGACGGAGAUCAAGGAGGCUUGUUUAGCUGUGUCCCUGGCGCUCGCAUUAAACGGAGUCUUCACAAAUACUAUCAAGCUGAUUGUUGGCAGACCAAGGCCAGAUUACUUCCAGCGCUGUUUCCCAGACGGUCAAAUGAAUGCCAAGAUGCUGUGCACCGGCGAGCCGGAGAUGGUGUCUGAAGGACGCAAAAGCUUCCCCAGCAGCCAUUCCUCCUUUGCGUUCUCUGGACUCGGGUUCACCUCCUUCUACUUGGCCGGAAAGCUGCAGUGCUUCACAGAUGGGGGCCGGGGUCGCAGCUGGCGUCUAUGUGCCACAGUUCUACCUCUUUACAGCGCCAUGAUGAUUGCUCUGUCCAGGACAUGUGACUACAAACACCACUGGCAAGAUGCCUUUGUGGGAGGAGUGAUCGGGUUGCUGUUUGCUUACAUCAGCUACCGCCAGCACUACCCCCCCUUCCUGCACCUGGACUGCCACCUGCCUUACGCCAGCCUGGCUGCGGCCAGCAGGGCGCCCCCCCCGGCCCAGGACGACCCGCAGCCCGUCGACAACGCCACCACCCUGCCCAUGGAGGGCCUGACCGAGGGGCCAGUAUGACUAGUGGCCCCCACUGAGACAGCCUCCUCAACGCCCACCAAGCCGCCAAACCCACCUCCCCAUCCCUAGACAAUGACUGGCUCUAAUAUACAUUCCACUGGACGAAAAAAAAAACACUUCAACCAUUUCCAAACGUUGAUAAUUUGUCUCGGUGACAUCUACUUUUUUUUUUAAUCUUGUUUUUGCGCAGCAGCCGUUAAAGUUUAUAUUUAGAUGUAAGGGAGGAAAGUCAGGAUGUGGAACAUCUCCUCUGAGAAAGCAGAGAGAACAACAUGCUGGAAACCUGGGGAAACGCCGUGUUCACGGCUGUGAGCGAGGAGUCAAAUAUUUCCACUUUCUGCAGAAACCUUUGCCUAAUGAGAGGCGGGGUUUCAAUGUUUCAUGCUGCACUAGAUUGAUUGUUUUUGGUGUCGAAGGGUUUGAUGUUUAAACAAUCAGUGAGGUCGUCUGAAUUCACAGGAACUAAACCAUAAAACGACAUCACAAACAGAUUAAAACGACUAGGCUGAGAAAUGACGUGGCCGUACCAGGAAAGCAGAGUUUUUGUUUUAAAACCCAAGGACUUUCAACUAACCUGCUCUGAUUUUAAUCAUCUUUGGUUGCCCAUAGCAACAUAAUGAUAAACAUAGAUCUGAUGCAUCUGCGGAGAAGCAGUGGUACCCGUCAAAAUAAAGUUCAAUAUUCCAUUACUUCCCGCUCUCCAGGGCUCACAUGACCUGAACAUCCUCGCUCUUUUAUUACCCAUCUUCCAUCUCUCUCUCUCUCUCUCUCUCUCUCGUUCUAAACUGAAUCUUCUUUUUCAUACAAGCAGCAUUUAACACAUGUUCACAGAGGUUGCACAGGGACAUGGACCCUCAAUGAGUGCAAUCAAUUACGAGCAGGUGGGAGCGGACACGCAGAAGUGCGUCUCGAUAGGCACAAACUCCAAUCUGAUCCUGCAUUAAUCCUCAUUAAGUGAGGUCAGCCUCGGCUGCUUAUGAGGAUAUUAGGAGCGGGCGAGGCAGCUCGCUAACUCCCAGAGCUUGGCAAAUAGCUUUUAGCUCACUGCCCCCCCUCUACACACACACACACACACACACACACACACACACACACACACACACACACACACACACACACACACACACACACAUAGAUGAUCCAGCCUUAAGCACAAGCCGGGUGAUUUUGACGUAUUAUUCAUCCAUUAUAGCUCCAUUAUUUGUUAACAUCCGGAAAGCUUGCUGAAGGAAGAUGACACCAAAGAUUUAAAGCUUUUUUUCCGUCCUCGGGAUGCAGGUUUUAUCAACGGAGAUGGCACCUAACAGGAUUACUGCCCCCUCCCCAACUUUUCCAUAUCAUCUACAAACCAAUUUGUUGCCUCUUGCAGGCUGUUAGAAACGAAGGAUCACUUUGUUGCCUUGGUUACUGGCUGUUUCUUGACAUUGCGGUGACAUUGAUAGGACGGUGCAGUCUCAGUUCACCUCUGACCCAGUUGGACCCAGAACUCGCCUCAGAAAACCACGACAAAUAUUUUUGCAUAAUUGUUUUUUUCAACCAUCAUUGCAUCAGUUUAUGACGGUUAUGUUUAUUUGUCAAUGAAAACUAAAGAAGUCUUAUGAAAAUUUGGCAUAAUGCUGCAGAUAUAAGAUAAAAUGUUAUUAGGUAUAUCAAAGUACACCUGAAAAAAACUUCUAUUUGCAUAUUACAGACAACACCUGUGUUGUAAUUUAUUCCAUAUAGACGUCUCUCAAUCUGUAGAAGUUAAAUUGUUUAAGGCUGCUGCCAAGGCAACCUGGGCUUCCUGAGCUCCUCAAAUCUAAAAAUUAAUCAAUUUGUGUUAAAGCUGAAAAAUAUAAAUGCAAAUUAAUCUGGCAGUUCAACUGCUUUAGAUUAACUUGCUGGAAAAAAUAUUUUCAAUGCAUUCGUGAGAUAAAAAACUAUGAAUAACUGAGUUAAAGUUUGUCUCCAGGCUGCCAGCGUUGGUUCUGUUCUCCAUUUCUACCUCACCAACACGCUGCAGCUGAAGUGACCUGCUGUCUGCAUGCAGACAUGUAAUCAAACACUAUUGUUUCUCCCUGGUUGUAGCAGCUUGAACCUUCAGUUUUCAAACACCUUCUACAGUUUUAAGCUGAUAACUACAUGUGUACAAAAUGAUAAUAGAUUCAUACAAAGUUUACCCAACUGUGGAAAACAGCACACACACACACACACACACACACACACACACACACACACA